AUGGUAAUACUGCAUUCUCGUAGAGGAUUGCAAACCAGUGUUAAUACAGGAAAAAAGUUCCAUGUUCUGGGAUGUUGCGAGCAAGAGCUUAGUUUCAUUUUAUCCGAGGAGAAAACUUCAAAUGAAGAGACCCAGUUAGAUAGUAUUCCCAAUACGAAAGAAAGUUUUAAUUUUGAGGAUCUUAAGGAAAGCCAGAGAAGAAGAAAGAUUGGGCUAGCUAACAAGGGGAAAGUGCCAUGGAACAAAGGCAAGAGACAUAGUGCAGAGACUCGUGAGCGGAUCAGACCGAGAACAAAAGAAGCCAUGAAAGACCCCAAGGUUAUGGACGAAAACGGUGUAGCAGUAAUGAUGAUCAAGCCCACAACAGUGGUCACAAAUCCAUAUGAUCAUUUCUUCGGUCUCACUAGUACUAAUGGAAGGCUGGAUGAAGAGGAAAAUAACCAUUAG